GAUGAUAGCCAAUGGCUUCAGAACCACUGUAUGAAAAUGGGAGAUGCCUAUAUUAUCGUAUAUUCAGUGACAGACAAAGUUAGUUUUGAAAAGGCCUCUGAACUAAGAAUCCAGCUAAGAAGAGCAAGGCAAACGGAAGAUAUUCCUAUUAUUCUUGUGGGCAAUAAAAGUGACUUGGUCAGGUCCCGGGAAGUCUCAGUUGAUGAGGGACGGGCCUGUGCUGUUGUGUUUGACUGCAAGUUCAUUGAGACCUCAGCUGCUCUUCAUCACAAUGUCAAGGACCUGUUUGAAGGCAUCGUUCGGCAAAUUAGACUUCGCAAAGACAGCAAAGAAGACAACGCUAGGAGAAUGGCCAACACAAAAAGAAGAGAAAGCAUAGGCAAAAAGGCAAAGCGAUUCCUUGGGAGAAUUGUGGCAAAGAACAAUAAGAAGAUGGCUUUCAAAGCAAAAUCAAAGUCUUGCCACGAUUUAUCUGUGCUUUAGAGGUUUUCAGCAAGGCCAGAUGUUGCACGUGGGUGAUGAACAAGCAUUUGACUGUUACGAGACACCUAAAGAUGAUCUCAUGGUGAUAACAAGAAUGGCUCACCAAUUGUGACUCUCGUUAAUGCCUUAAGGUGCGCAAGCAAGUCUGGAAGUUACACUAUGAUGUCUGCUUCAUUGAUAAAUGGCUGAAGUUUCAAAGUGUGCAAGUAAAUGAACUAACUUGAAAUAAGUGGCUUGACAUGCCCACAUUUUCACUGUGUACAUAUGUUAUAUAUCCUCUUGUCCUGUGGAUACCAGAGAAGCAAAGAUGAAGGAUGAUGAUCAGUAGCACCAUAGACUUGUCUUGUUUGCAGAGCAAAACUUAAACUUGUACGCAGGCUCGUACACUCUUUUACGUAUAAAGCUAGCAAUGAUAAAUCUUUUUAAACUUAAAUGUGGAGGGGGGGAGUAGAACCACAUUAGAAUGGGAGAAAACAUUCUAUACAUAUUGUUAAAUAUAGAAGAGAUACCAUUUUAUGAAGUUAAUUUGCACUUCCAUUAACUGUUAUUCAAUUAAUUUGUUACUUGUUUACAUGCAGAUUUUAUAAUAAAGUAUUAUUUCCUGUUA